AAAUACCGGAAGGAGGUGGCUCAGGCCUUCGCCUUUCGAGCCCAUCUCCCCUCUUUUCCUGAAAAGACCAACUCUUCUGUCCUCGCCAUAGCCAUUCCUUAAACCCAGAGCGAGCGAGAGACCAAGAGAGAGUGCUUGAGAAGCCGACCAUGGUGUCUGGGCGCAAGAAGCAGCAGGGGAGCAGCGGCGCGGCGGCCACGCCCGAGAAGAAGAGCGGCAAGGGGAAGGGGAAGGCGGCGAGGGAGGACGGCAAGGAGCGGGCCAAGGAGAAGGAGGUGACGGGAGCCAGCAAGAAGGCGGCGAAGGGCAAGGAGCCAGCGAAGGAGAAGCAGAAGGAGGCGAGGGGAGACGGCAAGAAGGGGAGGGCGAAGGCGAAGCAGCAGCAGAAGGAGGCGGCGGCGGCCAAGAGCGCCGGCCAGCAGUUCUUCAAGAUCUUCUUCUCCGACCAGUCGGGGCAGCGAUUGAAAAUCCCUGCAUCUUUCCACCAGCACCUCAAGGAGCAGCCUACUGGACUGGUUUCCCUGAAAGGUCCGAGCGGCAACACAUGGCAGGCAGUACUUACUUCGGACUCCGAAGGGUUGUUCUUUGGGCAGGGGUGGAAGGAAUUUGUUAUGGAUCACUCUGUCAAGCAAGGUCAUUUCUUGGUAUUCACAUAUGAUGGACUCUCACAAUUCUCUGUGACAGUGUUCGGUUCAUUAGGCGUCGUGGACCCACCAGCUUUGAUUGCGAAGCCUACUAAUGAUGUAGUGAUUAAGAUUGAAGAUGAUGAAGAGGUCCAGGGGGACAUGGAUGCAGGUGGCACUUCUGAUACAUCAGUUCUCCCCCCAAAAGAGGGUAAUGGAAAAACAAGAAAGAGGACUAGAGGAGUGAAUGAUCUCUCAGAAGGUGGCAAUGCAUCAAAGAGGCAUUCAAGUGUUGCAAAAAAUGCUGAGAAGAAGAGACCUGAAGCAAAAACAAGAAAGAGGACUAGAGGAGUGAAUGAUCUCUCAGAAGGUGGCAAUGCAUCAAAGAGGCAUUCAAGUGUUGCAAAAAAUGCUGAGAAGAAGAGACCUGAAGCUAUCCCUCGCACUUCUAAGGAUCGUCUUACUUCUAAGGAUGCAUCAACAAUUGACAACACUGAGAAAGGUACCCCAUUCAGAUUGUUAGACGAAUCUACGGCUUUCAACAAGACUCAGGUCAGAGAGAAGAAUAUGCCUAAGCUUGGUAAAUUCAUUGUGAGGAGGGCCAGGCAACCAGUGGUAAUAUCUCAGAGGCGUCCAGUAACUCAAGAAGAGAAGGACCUUGCUCUUAAAAGGGCUAAGGAAUUUAAAUCAGAGAAUCCUUUUGCCGUGCAAACAAUGAUGGAAUCUUAUGUCUAUGUGGGAUUUUUCAUGAACAUCACAUGCGAAUUUGUCAGAGAAUCACUUCCUCGGACAAGCAAGAAGAUGACGCUCUGGGAUCCCCUAGGGAAGCCUUGGGAAGUUAACUAUGUUUACUAUAGCGGCCGCUCGGUCGCCUCUUUCAGCGGUGGCUGGGGUAAAUUUGCUCUAGGAAACAAUCUGGAGAAGUUUGAUGUUUGUGUCUUUGAACUUUUCAAGGAGGACAACAUUAGAGUGCACAUCUACAGGGUUGUCUCCGAGAUAACCCCGCUCCUCCGUGCCAGCAGUAAAGACUAGGGUGUCAUUCGCACGUUGGAGAGUGCGAUCCCGUCGACCUGUGGCUAGAGAAUAAGAACACUGGUCACUCAUUCACAUGCUGGAAAGUGCUUCUAUGCUCCUUGAAGAGGGAGAGCUUCACAAAAAUAAGUGACAAUAAACAUAACAUAUGUUGUACCGGUUAAAUAUGUCGUUGUGAACCUAUUAUGGUAAUUUGAUGUGCCCCUGUUAAUUA